CGUUCCGACAACGUGCUGCCAAUGAACCAACCUAAAAAGACUCAAACAUGGCCGCACCGCCACUUCCGUCGACAACGCGGAAACAACUCGUGCGAUACUUCGUCGAACGAGAUGGUCACGAAACUGCGCAGCAAAGCGACGAUUGAUUAUACAGGAUCAUACAAAAAUAUCACACUGACUUCUGCAACAUCAGUGAAGAUUCAGCGAGUGGCUUCUAAGCUUUUACUUUCCGCUCGUUCGAGGACACGUCUAGCGGUUAUAAACUGGCAACUGGAAUUAAGCACGGCUGUUACGAUAGUACGGAUGCGUAUCGGCUGGCGCGAGUUUACAUGUCUGGAGAACCAACUGCAACAGCCGACGCCACCGCAGAAUUUCAGUCCCGAGGGGCAACGCUAAACAAGUUUCUAACAUACAUACAUAUAUACAUACAUGAAUAACUGCGCCAGUCGCGCCCGUUGAUCGGUUAUUCAAUCAAGCUCUCUGUCCGGGGAUAUAUAGAACUUGGGGGGACAAAAUUCACUAAGGGAAUUCGGUGCAAGCUGGCGCUUAAAAUGUAAUUAGGAACAGAGAAGAUACUCGCUUUAGUUAUUUUAAGCACGAAAUUUACUCGGAUUAAGCUCACUCCAACUAUUGCACCGGUCUUUAUAAAAGUAUUUUGUGUAAUUGUAGAUUUCCCACUUUUAUAAAUCCUAUAUGAAAAGCAAUGUAUUCUGCGAUAUUAAUAUCCUUCUAUACAAAUAGAUUCAUUGAAAUCAAUUUGAUACGCGAACGAAAUAUUCAUCGCGUGUUUAUAACGAGUGUUAAAUCUUUCACGAGACGCGGCUUGUUGCGUAUAAAAAAUCUAUCAUGCUGCAAUUUGUAUGGUAACGUUCACUCUUUAUAUUUCACUUAUGUAUUAUUAAUAACGGGAAUUAACAUCCACAAAUUUUCGGAUUUAUGUUACAAAAUAAUAUAUAUUUUUAAAUAUGGAUUAUUUAUUUUUACAGAUAUGUUAUGCAUCGUCGUGGAUAGCGAGUAAUUUUGGUUGUAUGACCUCAACUAUUUGAAAUUCGUUGCAAGAUAUUGCGAUUGUACGAUCGUCAUUUCUCCGCGUUAUUUCUGCGCCGUAAUGCUGCAAAGUAUAACGUCGCGUGCAUUUAACGCCGGGAAUGCCGUGCAAAGUGCCGUGCGAUUAUCGUAUUUUUGAUGAUUAUUGCGUGCAAUCAUAAUUAAUUGUACUUCCGCAAGUGAAUGUGUAUGUAUGUGAAUGCUACAAGAAAAUACUGUAAUAGAGGGAUAUGAAAGGAGGAGAAGGAGGCCAAGAUGGCAUAGGCAAUAGCGAUGCAAUCCAAGGGGUACGCAUGCCUUAUUUCUUAUCUGUUAAUUGUAAAAAUGAUUUUCAUUUAUUUUCGAGAUUAUAUGAUUGUAUUUUAUAUUCCCUCUUUGCAUCGUACUAGAAUAUGACAAAGCGCGCGAGAAGCGCUAUUUAUCGUUUAACAUUAUAUAUUUUUAUAUAAAAUAUUUACAUUACAUAUUAUAUACAUUACAUACUAUAUAAUCUCACCGCUAAAUCUCACACAAGUUAAUAUUAACAUUUGACAAUUUUAUUCGUAACACGAAGUAAGUAAAGCAAAAGAAACACUCAAUAUCGCGGAAAAACGUCAACGAUUAAAGUCUCACGCAGUCUUUGUGAUAAUGUACACAAUUUUUGUAAAUGUGUAAUUGUACAUAAUUUUUGUA